AUGCAUGUCAGCUGUGAAUGUCCUUUUGUGAAGGACUUGUUGAAUUAUUUUCCUUCAUUGGGUAUAGUGCAGUCGUUGCAUAUGGUGCAUGGUUCUGUACGUGAUUGGUUGGCUUUGUGUUUGGGGAAUCUAACUAAAACGGAUGCUUCCUUAUUCUUGAUAUUGGUCUGGUUUGUGUGGAAGGAGAGAAAUAAGAGGCUUUGGAAUGGUAGGUUUGCAUCCCUUGAUCAGCUAGCUUUUCAGGUUACUUCUUUUUAUCAUCUUCAUAGGUCAGUUCAAGCUCCUUCACGCCGGGUUGUGGGGAGAGGGAAUUCACAGUGGACUCCACCUUCCCCGGGUUGGCUUAAGGCUAAUUGUGUUGGGAUAUAUGAUGCUUCAAGCCAUUCUGGUGGUAUUGGGGUUGUGCUUAAAGAUAGUUCUGGCUCAAUAGUAGGCGGUGUUUGCUCUAAGGUGCGCUGGGUGUCAAAUCUGCCAACUGUUGAAGUUUCGGCUUGCCGAGCUGCAUGCAACUUGGUGGAUAGAUUUGGUCUUGCUCCAGUUGCCUUUGAGUCUAAUUGUCAGCACGUUGUGACUACUAUUAACUCACAAGGUGUGAAUACUUCUUUGUUAGGUAGAGUUUAUGAAGAUAUUUUUACUAUGCUGGGGAGCCUUCAUGGCUCUUAUUUCAGCUAUAUUAGUCGGACUGCAAAUAAGGUUGCCAACAUGAUGGCUAGAUUUGCAUUAGGUUCUGAUUUUGAUCUGUAUUGGAGUGGGUUUGUCCCCACAGAAAUCAGUGGCUUCUUAGCCACUUUGUGUACAAACUGA